AAAACAACACAAACUGGAAGGCAUCACAGCCAAGAGAUGAACUCCAAUUGACAGCUCACCAUUUGCUACAUGCUACACAGAGGGCAUCAAAUCAGACCGCCGAAAGAGUUCAAACGAGUUGUUAAUAUCAAGAACAGGGCGUUCAAUUUCCGCAUUACGUUUUUAGCACUCAACAGCUGCUAGCACAGAUGUUAGCCAGACUGACAUUGGCUCCAGCGCUCACUUACAAAUACGGUCAUAGGAGCAAAGGGGGAGUUCCCCCGUCCGCUUUACUACACAUACAGCAAGCGGCGUUCCAAUCGCCUCAACUCAACAGGCGAGCGCGGCAGAUCGGCUCCAGAGUCGCUAUACGGCCGUCAGAUAACCUGCGGGACUCUGGAGACGCAGCAAACAUCUGUCUGGCCUUCACGGAUGGCCGGUCCGCGCCGCCUCGCUCCGCCUUCGGGAUCCUCUCCGGGUCAUCUUCUAUUGAUUUGCUCACUGGCUUUGUGUUUGCAUCACUGCAGAGCCUCCACACUGGAUGCUUGGAUUUGAAAAGCUUGCGCAAUAUGAUUUGACGACACGGUGAAAACUACAGCGGUGACGUUGGUAUUUUGACGUUUCCGAAAAAUGUUGAUUGUAUCGUUAAAGAGCUUUCAAUACGGAAUUUAAAGCAAAAGUAUGGGGCCAAGCACGGACCCUUGAGGUACACCAGACCUGAAUGCAAUUAUUUCUGAAUUUGAAUUUCCAAGCGCAAAAAAAAACAAAACUUGACUUGGCUCUUAAAAUGUCUUGACCAGUUUAAUGAACUGGAGCCGGUGUUAUUUUGAUUUACGAGUCCCUCCUGAAUUACCGUAAUUUUCGGACUAUAAGUCGCGUUUUUUUUUCAUAGUUUGGGUGGGGGGGCGACUUAUACUCAGGAGCGACUUAUAUACAUAUAUAUAUGUUUUUUUUUUUCACUUUUUUGGGCAUUUUAUGGCUGGUGCGACUUAUACUCCGAUGCGACUUAUAGUCCGAAAAUUACGGUAAUCGUUUCUCAAGUUGUCCAUUUUCUGUCACUUUAUGCUGCAAGCUGAUUCGUCAAGAGGACUAACCUGUCACUUCGCAAAGCUCGUUUUUGUCUCGCAUCGUUGCCGUGCUUUGAAUCUCAAGCGCGCCGUACAUCAGUGUUGCCGUGAUGGAACGAGAUGCGCCGCUGCAGCCACUUACUGCACAUUAUCGGCGAGCUUCAAUGUGACAUUUCGCCGGCCAGCUGUGGGCAGAUGCAUGUCCGGACCGAGCCCCGAGCUUUGCUAAAGAUAGACGAGUGAAAGAUACGUCAGACUAAAUUUGCCGGCUUGGCCCCGCUCGUUCUACGAGGGGGCGUUACGUGCAGGUCUCCCUGUCGGCCAUGUUUUGUUUGAACUGUCCAUCUGCGCCCUCCAGGGAAAGAGACCGAGGCUUGUCUAAAUCGAUUACGGCGAGCGUUUGGAGAGGCGGAAAAACAGAGAGGGGAAAAAAGUGGGACACAACAACAAGGCGUGCGCUCUCACUGUGGGACAUUUCAAUUCAACCUUUCCGACAUGAUCGGAGCCUGGUGGCAGCUAGCCUAGCUUAGCAUUUUGGCACAUUAGCCCACAUUUUGCACACAGAGCGCAGGGAGAAAAAAAAAAAAAAAAAAAAGUGGGACACAAUGUCAAACAUUGUCUGAGGACAUAUUUAAGUCACCGGCGGUUACAAUCAGGUCACGCUGUAUUUAAUGUUGUCUGAGAGCUAGAGACAUUGCUCUGCUUACGGAUGGAUUGCACAGUGACUAGCAGCUGUUUUCACACCCACAACGGCGCAGACAGCCCCUUUAUUCAAUGCCAGACGUGUUUCAAGGCUCGCAAAUUAUUGACGACGUAAAUACAAAAACUGCCUUUAUUAGCUUGUUACAAAAAAAGAUUGAUUCUACCUUGAUCAAUAUUUUAGUAAUCAGUCAUAAAAAGAUAAUAAAUGGGUUAGUUUCACCCUAAUUCAAUAUUUAGGAGCGAAAAAUAUGUUUUUUUGUGAAAUGAUACAUUUUAAGCACAACACUGACUUGUCUUAGUGAUGCCUCAAAUAUCUGAACAGUGCUUUUCUUCAAAAUGUGAUUUUGACAGUAAAAUUGUAUUUACAAAUAUUAGAGUAACAAUUUUACAAAAUUCACAAACUAUUUGCAGUGCACACAAUUUAAUAGUCGUAGUAUUUAGUAAUGGGCGUGUGUGUGUCCAUGAAGAGUAUACGGUAUUUUAUGUCAUCGCUUUUACUUCUAAAUUUAAAGCAUCUCGGUCAUCGACGGCAAUUGAUCACGAUUGUCGUCGUCGGUGUGAAACACCGAAUGCACCGCGGUGUUUGCGCUUGUCGCCGACUUAUCAACACCCAUUUUGACGGCAAAUUUACACUGCAGUGGAUUUGCGGCGGUCACAAAAAUAGAACCCUCUAUCUCCCCUUUGCUUUCAGACACAGAAGCAGAAAGGAACGCGCUGAAAGAGCACGUCUACCCCAAACUACGCGACUUCUGCAGGGAGAAUUACGGCAUUGAAUUCCAGGUGGUGGACCUCUACUGGGGCGUGGAUCCGGAGGAAUGGGACAGUCCGGAGCUGCAGCGACUCAGGAUGAAGCUCCUGGAGGAAUGUCUGAAGACGUCAGCGGGACCGUGCUUCGUUGGUUUGGUCGGAGAGAAGUACGGCAGCAUCCGAGUCCCAGGGGAGGUGGAAUCGGCAGAGUUUGAGAUGAUCUUGGAUGCCGCGGUGGAGGCCGGGCUGGACACACACAUCUUGGACGAGUGGUACUGCAGGGAUGAAAACUCGGUGCCACCCGCAUACUACCUCAAACCCAAAGCCCAAAUGCUUAAGAAGUACCAGAACUCGAUGGAGUCCAGCAGUGCAGCCAAAACCAAGAAUGACAAGGCCUGGAGGAAAGUGUCGGAGGAGAUCAAGGGUAUCUUCCGGACUGCGGUUCUGCAGCUUCAAGAAAAGGGGACAAUGCCGAGCGCUCAGGCCAAAAAAUUCCUUUGCUCUGCCUUGGAAGACGAAUUAGACUUUGCCCUCGGAAAACAAACUCCCGCCUUUCUCAGGAAAUGCGUUUGCUACAUUCGCAAGAUUUCAAACUUUGACCGCUUCGCAAAACUCCCGGAGAUGACCCGCUACAUGGACAUCGUGAUGAGCGGCGACCGCAUCAUGCGGAACCAGGAAGCGUACGAGCGCUUGCUGAAGGUGCGAGACGAGUUCAUACCAACCGUGGUGGCCGCGUCCAACCUCCGCGUUUACUCCUCGGUCACGCACUGCGACAUGAAGCUAGGCUACUCCCAGGAAGUGGAGAGUCACUAUGUGGAGGGACUAUGUAAACAGUUCUACGAGGACAUGGUGGAUAUAAUUCAGGCCACGGUCCAGCAGAACUUUGACACCGAGACCGACUCGCUGUAUGAUGAGAUUCUCCAGCACCUGUCCCUGUGUAAAGCCUACGCAGCGCUGCACGAGUACCAGACCGAGUCCUUGGAUUACGUGCAGGAGUACCUUUUGCCAUCCAAGGGGAGUAGGAUGAGCCCACUAGUUGUGCACGGGGGACCCUGCACAGGAAAGACACUGCUACUUGCUGAAGUUGCCAAACAGGCCUACACUUGGCUGCAGAAAGAGACGGGCCCGGAAACGGACCCUGUGGUUAUUGUCCGUUUCAUUGGCUCGAGUCAACCCUCCACAGAUUUGCGCACCCUUCUCCAGAGCAUCUGUGAACAGAUUGCAAUAAACUACCGCUGCUUGAUUCACUUUAUGCCUACCAAAAUCCAGGAAAUGAGGGAGCUCCUCGUCAACCUGCUCGGAGAAUCGUCCUUUCACAGGCCCUUGGUCAUCAUCCUGGAUGCCCUGGAGCAGCUGUCCGAUGCCGAUGAAGCUCGCAAGCUGUGGUGGCUCCCCGUACAACUCCCUCGGACGGUCCGCAUUGUCGUCUCAACGUUGCCCAAUAAACACGGAAUCCUGCAGAAGCUCCGACAUGUCAUCCAUGACGAGGACAAUUAUGUGGAGUUGAUACAGAGGGACCGCAAGGUCUGCAGCCAGACGUUAAAGCAGCAAUUACUCGGCGUAAAAAGAAAGGUCACCUCGGGCCAACAGAUCUACGUCAACGAGGCUCUAGCAAAGUGUACGUUGCCGAUGUUUGUUAACUUAAUCUACAGAGAGGUGGUGCACUGGAGGUCUCACAAAGACGUGGAUGAGAAAUCCCUGUGCUCUACGGUACACGAAAGCAUAGAACAGUUAUUCUAUUCCGUAGAGAACAAGUUGGGCCAACGAUUUGUCGUCCGAGCGUUGGGGUACAUCACCAUGGCCAAAGCAGGGUUAACUGAGAUUGAGCUGGAGGACAUUCUUUCCCUGGACAACAUAGUCCUCGGAGAUGUCAUUGUGGUAUCGUACCUCAAAAACCCCUUGAGGAUUUCUUGCGACUUGGUGGCACGGCUCAAAGAAGAACUGGAAGGUUAUCUAGUGGAGCGUCAGGUGCGUAACGUCACCCUGAUGGUCUGGGCCAACCGCCAUCUGCAUCUCAUUGCCCAGAAGUUGUACCUGAGCAACGAGGAAGACGUCCAUCAAAUGCACAGCCUCCUAGCCGAGUACUUCCUGGGGGCGUGGUCAGGGGGCAGGAAGAAGAUCUUCACUUACGACAACAAUCAUUUUACCUCCCAAAAUAUAUCGCACCACAAAAAUCCCCACCACCAACAAUCCCAUGAGAAGACAUCAUCUGACAAGUACUCAUACGACAGACAAACUCCUGAGCAGCCUUGGGUCUUCCAGUGCAACCUUCUGGAGCCCGACAUUUUCUUUGUCAACCACAGGAAGAUGACAGAGCUGGUGUUCCACCUCACUAGGAGCGGCCGUACGGAUGACCUCAUGUUUGGUGUCAUCAUGAACUUUAGCUGGCUGUACACGAUGAUCAAGAUCGGACAGUUUGAGAAGGUUUUAAAUGAUAUCGACUUGGCCUACAGCUACACCCAAGAAAAAGAGCUGAAAUUUCUAUCCACUACUCUCCGUAGCGUCAAGGUGAAGGUAUUGAAAAACCCAGCGUCGCUUUCUGCGGAACUGCAGCAGAGGCUUUUGCCAGUUGUCACCUCCCUGCCCAAACUCAGGCAUCUCCUUCUGGAGUGCGACAAGGACGGUCCCAAGUACUGCUCGAUUGUGCCUCUUCACUCCUCGAUGGACGUCACUUACAGUCCAGAGAGGCUACCUUUGAGCUCAAGUUACAUGCAUAUUGUCGAGAUCUUGCCCACUCUAGCACCCAACAUAGUCCUUGUGGCCCUUGAAGAUGGGUCUGUAAGCACAUGGGACGUUGAGAGCAGGCAACUUCUACGGCAGAUCGACACAGCCAGAUCUGUGGUGCUCGGAAUCAGGUUAACCACCGAUGAGAAGUACUUAGUCGUGGCCACGACUAAAAACACACUCCUUAUCUAUGAUAAUCACAAAUCCUGCCUUUUAUCAGAAGUUGAAAUCAAGGGGUCGAAACAUGGCGGCAUCGCCGGCGGGGUGGCCUUCAUCAACGGCUUUACUUUGUCAACUCACCAUGCUUUGGCCUGGCUCGAAGCCAGUAAAGACGUCAACGUCAUUGACUUACUUUACGGCUGGCCUCUUUAUCAGUUCCAUUGCUGGUACGAGGUGACUUGUGUCCAGUGCUCACCGGAUGGAAUGUACGCCUUCUGCGGACAGUACCUCAACACCGCAUCCAUCUUCCAUCUGGGGAACGGGGACAAGUUGGCCACCGUUACCUCGGAGUUUUCCGGCGGCUUUGUUAAGUCCAUUCUCGUCCUCGACACGAUCAACCAAAUGGUGAUGAUUGACAAUGAGGGGAGUCUGUCGGUAUGGAACACCAAAGAAAUCACCAACCCACGUCUGAUGGAGGAUUACGACUGCAGAGGAGAUGACAGCGAAGUGGUGAGCAUUGAGCUUUCCGAAGACCAGCGCUCAAUUCUGCUUUGCAAGGCCACAAGUAUUGAGGUGCUCGAUACCAAGGUAUGGAAAAUGGUGGAGAAGUUCAAAGCGAAACGGAGCGAGCGCUUUGUCGCUGCGGUUCUUUCCAAGAACGGACAAAGUAUCGUGGCCUCAAUGGAGAACACCUCUUCCAUUUUUGUGUGGAGGAGGGACAGCGGGCAAUGCAUGGCGAGCCUGAUCGAGAUAUCGGGGGCCAUCGUUAAACUCAUCAAAUCAGUCCACCAUAACUUGCUGCUUUCUGUUGCCAGCAGUGGAGUGCUGUCCGUCUGGGACAUUGACAUCAUCACCGCGAUGUCCAAUAUUGACAAAACAGGCAAGAAGAUCCAGACACUGCAGUUGUCUGGCAGAGAGGAUUACGUGUUUACCAUGGAUGGCUCGGAAGCGGUCCACAAGUGGAACUUCGGCACUGGAUUCAUAGAAACGGUCUUCAAGCACGAGGGCAUCGUCGAGAACUGCGUGCUCACCUCCUCAGGGGAUCUAAUGGUGACUUCGGAUGACAAGUGCAGUCAGUACAUCUGGCAAACCAACACGGGGGAGAACAUUUUUCGUAUCAACGGGCAGAGAAUAUCCCAGCUGCUAAUCACCCACAACGACCAGUUUGUUGUGUCACUCUGUGAACAGAACGCUUCAAGAGUUUGGAGACUAGCAACAGGUCACAAAGUGUGUAACAUCUUGGUCACCCUCCAGAAUGCUUUGAUCACCACAGCAAACACGUUCUUGGUGGGCACCUCCAAAAACAAGCUCCUAGCCGUUAGCUUGUGGUCGGGCAGCGUAUCCAAGAAGUUUGUGUGCGACGACGGCAUCACCAUCGUCAACUUCAAACUCAUUCCCGACUGCCCCGACUGCGUGGUGUUCAUCACCUCCACGGAGACGGUCUUCAUCUGGAGCGUGGCGGACGAAGCCGUUUGCAGGCGUGUCCAGUUACCCGCCAACUUUCUAAAAAAUCUAGAGGACUUCCAGAUCUCGCCCAACGGCAAACAAGGAAUCGUGUCCAAAGGUGAUGAGAAUAUUAACGUGCUGGACCUACACAGCGGGAAGCUGAGGCUCAUCCACGCCGCCGGCAUCAUCUGGCGUCAGAAGUUAUCGCGAGACGGCCGUUACCUCGUCUACGUCUGCUUCCGUAACUGCGACGAGGACGACGACGCCGGCGUGGUGUCCAAUCUGAUUGUGAUGCGACUUGCCGACGGCAAGAGUAUCGGCACGUGCUCCUUAUACAAGACGCCCACGUUCCUUUCACUCUCUCAGAGAGCCCUGAACAUCAUCAUUGGCUUUGAGGACGGCAGCAUCGGCACAUACACCGUGGUGGACCGCGUAGACGCCGCCCUCAAGAUCAAGAUAGCCACAUCCAACAGCCGGCAGAUCGUCAACAACGCUUCGCAGAAGGUCCGUCCUAAAUGUGGCAAUCAUUCCUUUAAGAGCGUCGCCGACUGCAUUUGGAGGGAGUCAACGGAGGUUUUCUCCAGGGACAGCCCCAUCAACGUGUCUGACUCCGGCGAAGGUGAGUCGACUACGCCUACAAAAAAGACGGAGCUGCUGCAGUGAAAAAAAGACGAGAAGACGUGUGACGGGGUUUACAAUCUCCGGAGGGUUGUCGUUGACUCUUGUUUACAGCCACGUGAUUCCGCUGCAAAUGUCAGGCGUCUGACUAUCUUACCCUAUCCAGUUCUUGUACCGUUCAUUUUACAUUCAGACGCUGGGAAAAAUAAAAUAAGAGGGAAACAAAUUGUAUGAGAUGCGGGUUUGCCAUUACGUGUCCUUUUAGCAUUUGAAGAACAAAUGAUUUCAAUGUUUUUUUUUUGCGACAGAGCACCGUUAAAGUCGUUCCAGUUAUUUUUGCCACUCGUUGACAUCGUGUACAUGAUGCCAUUGUGUUCCACAAAAAAAAAAAAAAGCAUUUCGAUUUUUCCUUUCUAUCGGACGGUAUGUACAAAAAACAAACACGUCUCCUUUUUUUGGCUGCUGCAAUUUGUGCAACUCUUUAAAAUGUUAAGUUGUGCUUAAUGCAAUCAAAGUGAGUGCCUGGAAUUUCUAAAUGUCUUUACGUGCAGACUACAAGAUUUACGAAAAUGCAGGGAAUUUGUAAACACUACAGUAUAUACACACACACACACACACAAAAAACAACAACGGGAAGCCGUGGGUUGCGUUACUCUUUGAAACAACGGUUAAAGAAACUUGGCGGGAUGUUGACUGCAAAUUUGCAGUUCCAUCGACGUGCGAGCAACGCCACGAAGGAGCAUUCAGUGUAGCAUAGCACCAUACAAAGUCACGCCUUAAUCAGUCUACUUGCUUUGAGUCUCGUGAAGUUCAAGCGUCGGAAUAGAAAAAGAACUGCGAUUAGUUGCUUGACUGAAACUAUUUCGGCCCGUCUGUGCAUAUGUAUUUACCGUAGCGGUUUAGACACAAGGUGGAAGCACUUUAUCAGUGGUUUGUGAGAAAUACAUAGAUUUAUUCCAAUGUGGAGCAUUGUGUUACUUUUAUUUUAGGUGGUCUAGCAUUGUGUGUUGACACAAUUUGUAAAGAGGAUUUGCCUACAGAAUGAUGAAACGAUUAUUUCACAUGUGCUAGAUGCUCUAAGUGUUUGUAGUAGUUGUAGAAGAACAAUUAUGAUAUUGAAUGGCACCGUGUACUUCCAAUAAGGCCAAUGUUGAUAUGAAGAGAAAAAAAAAAUGCACAACUGCAGUUUUUUUGGUUUUUUUGGGAGCUCAGCAAAUGCACACUGGGUGACAACAAAAUUUGUGGCCCAGGUUGGAGGAUGUGUUGACGUGACAAGUACGAAGCAAAGCCACACACUCUCCUCACCACGAUAGACUUCUCUAAGGGCUAUUCUAGUGCAUUUACUCAUUUUCAACCGUUAAGAUGAUGGCCCUUGGAUACUCUCAAACAAGGUAGCAAGAUCAGCUUUAAAAUAAUUCCCCUCAAGCGUUUCUGAAAAAACAAAACGAAAAAAAAAAACUCUAAAAUGUGAUUGCCAAAGUCCCGAUGGUAGUUCGACUCAUUUUGUUUAAUGGGGCUUGUAAUGUAAUUAUAUUGUUGCCAAAUUGUUUUCAGUGUUGGACUGUGAUUUUUAUUUAUGAUUAAAAAAGUUGCUGUUUAAAAAAAAAAAAAGGAAAAAAAACUUUAAAGAGUCCUGCCCGAAUAUAUUGGAAUGCCAAUUUAAGCGUAUAUUUGAAUGUGGCCAUAUGGAAGCCCGUAAAUGGUUUUAACUGUACGUUAAAGUAACUUGAAUGACUUUUAAUAAGUUCUAUGUUUGCAACUCAUAGUUGACAUACUGGUGAUGAAUGUUUCUAUGGUAUUAUUUGUAUCGUCAGGAUUGAUGACCUAUUUAGAGAUUUAUAUUUUCAUAAAUGUUGUACUUUGUUACAGAGUUGUUCACGAGCAGAAAAGAAACUUAUGUCCGAAGCAAUAUGAAACUUAGUGUGUAUGCAUUGUUUGUAUGGAGCAUUUUACUGAAAUAAAAACGGUUCACUUU